UACUCUUACAUAAAGCCACGAAGUCUUUGGAGAGAAAUUCCAUAAUUUUUUCUCUUACAUAUUAGUUUCCAGGACUAACUUUGAAGAAAUGAAGUCGAACAUGACCCUGUUCCUUGUUUCACUCUACUGUAUGAUGGUCAUUACCAGAGCUGAUUCUCCAAAGCCAAAGACCUUCCGCCAGGACUAUGUAACCUAUAAAAAUAUAUGCCGGGAAAUGGACUGGAUACCAAAGUGUGAUUGUUAUAAGGAAACUAAUCGAGGUUGUCGUGGAAAGAUUGUGGCAUUUCAUGCUAUUCUAUAUAAAACACUUAACAACGUUCGAAAAAAUACAGUCAUAAAGUUCAGAAACGUUUUGACCAACGAAGGCGGAGGUUACGAUGCGACAACAGGUAAAUUUACCGCACCGGAGGAUGGCGUCUACUCGUUUUCCUGGACAUACUGCACAGACAAAGGAUCCACUACAUAUAUAGCUGGUAUUGUAGAUGGCACUACUCGUGCAUACAUAUCCAACUCUAAUCAGGCAAGUGGAUGGCAAAACACGUCAGGACACCUUGUCAUAAAAGUGAAAAAAGGAAAUCAAUUCUGGGUUCAAACCAUCAGCAAAAUUUCCAAACUCAUUCAUGAAAGUUACACUUUCCUGUCUGGGUACAAGUUGUCUGGUUGUUAA